AUGGGGAACCUGCUCCACAUCCUCAUAGUGCUCAAGAUCAACAAGUCUCAAGUUUGGGACAUGCUCCAACACUCAGAGUCAAAGAAACUACAGAGGGAACAAAUGGACAUCAGUUCUCUUGCUAACUGUACCAGUCAACCCCACAGCUGUAAAGUCGCUGCAACUAUUCCUCUGCAUACACGCAACCGUGCAAACACAGUGACAGUUCCCAAGACUAGAAAGGAGUACAACGAUGAUGACCGCAAGGCUAUAGAGAAGAACUUUCGAGCAAAAACAAUCCUCGUCUGUGGUAUUGGGCCAGAUGAAUACAACAAGAUUUCUGCUUGUCAAUCUACCAAGGAGAUCUGGGAAGCUCUCCAAACAGCACACGAAGGGACAACUCAAGUCAAGCAAUCGAAGAUUGAUAUGCUAACCAUUGAGCAUGAACUCUUCAGGAUGAAGGACGAUGAGUCCAUUCAAGACAUGCACACUAGCUUCACCUCUAUCAUCAAUGAGCUUCGUUCUUUGGAAAAAAUCAUUCCAAGGAACAAACUUGUCAGAAAAAUACUCAGCGUAUUACCUAGUUCCUGGGAAAGCAAAAAGAAAAAGGAUCAUGAGAGAAGAGAGCCUAAAAGGGAGAAGAACCUGGUCCUCAAGACAGGCAACAAUGAAUCAAGUGGUGAGGAUGUUUAUAUGGCUUACUUGAAGAAGAGAUUUCAGAACAUGGUUCGCAGAAAUGGAGCUCUUGCUGCAUGGGGAGACUCUUCCAGCGAAUCUGGAGAAGAUGAUGCACAAGGUGACACCUCCAUGAUGGAAGUUGAUAGUGAAGCAGAUGAUUAUGAUUCUAUCUUUGCCCUGAUGGAAAAAUCUAACGAUGAUGAUGAUGAGGAAGCAAUGAAAGAAAGCAACCAAAAAUGGUACAUGGAUAGUGGUUGUUCUAAGCACAUGACUGGAAGCAUCAAUAAUUUUCUUUCACUCAAAACCCUGCAUGGAUGGGGUGUGUCCUUUGGCAAUGGAAAAAAGAAAUACAUUUUGGGAGUAGGAAGAAUUGGGAAGUCACUCACUCACUCAAUUAAAAACGUGUAUUAUGUGAACGACUUGAAAUAUAGCCUACUGAGUGUUUCCCAAAUCCGCGACAAAGAAGCAAAGUGGAAUUUGUGUCAAAAAUCUUCACAGUCACAAAUCUUGUGA